ACCACAAACUCUAUAAGCCCUCUUCCUCAGGUCGCUCAAAUUUUUGGCAGCACAUCACUUCAGAUCUCAAUCCAUUUCCUAAUGGCAUCGAAAUGCAGCAGCAGAAUUAUGAAUAGGUCUACAAUUUCAUCCCUCAAAUCCUCCUUCAAUAAAUCAGCCUCCUCUUCUUCUUCUCUGGUUAACAGAUCCAUUCCGACGUCGUUUCCAAAAUCCACUAACGCCACCACGUCAUUCCUCCGCCGUUUCUCCCUCUCCAGGGCUCCGUCGGAAUUGGGAGCGGUGCAGUCGAUGCUACCGCUGCACAGCGCGGUUGCGACGGCGAGGAUGACGUCGUGCCUGAGUUUAACAUCCAGGAGUUGCAGGGCUCUUUCACAGGGCACAUGAGUUUCCAAAAGCUUGAAAGAAUUAUACUGCCAUUUUACAAGGUCUUCCCAUUAUGACUCAGUGCAUUACAUUCAGUUAUGGACAUUUGGUUAACAAUCUUAAGGAAUUUAGUUACAUGUUUGAUGGAUAUAAAAGACCAUAAAUCUCAAUUUGCUCUUGUAUAUGAGAUACAGUGAAAUUUGUACUUUUUAGCUCAAGUACUUAGUCAUCCUUUGUGUAUGAUUUGGAAUUUGCAGAGUCUCUUUUCCUAUCCUCUGUGGUUGUGAGGUCACAGAGGUGCCUUAUGGAAAGGGGGGGGGGUUGUAUUGGCGACUUUUUUCUGUUCUCAUUCAAUAGUUGACUUUCCUGCAUUGUAUGUGUUCGGUGAUCUCUUCGUUAUUGUUCAUCUUUUUGUGGUCUCUGUGUUGGCGUGCCUAUGUGCCACCUCACUAAACUCACAUGAGAAUUGAGGUUUGGAAAAUUUUGUGGAAUUUCAUUAGUAUGGGCAGUUUUUUACUUUUAGGUAAAGGAAGCCCCAGUUAGCCAAUGUAAGAACACCUCUAUUACUUGAAAUCAGGAAGCUUUGAUUUGUUAAA